UGACAGAUUAUCCCCUGGUACUGACCCGGUCGGCUUGCCCUGGAAGGAGAGAGCCCGCAUAGUGUGUACCCAGCAGGAACAGACAUGUUAGAGCAUUGUGACUGCAGAGGUGGGGGUUGCAGUCGGUAAUGAUGGUGUCUACGGACACAGAGUGAGAUGUACGCUCUCCGAAUCUCCCCGACCUUGAGCAUUAACCCUUCCUGAACCUGCAAAUCUAUAGGACAAUGUCGGUCAUGAUGUACCCACGAGAGGAGAAGUUGGACAAACUGUCCCAGGAAGAAAUCAUCUCGAACACCAAGCUGGUAAUGCAAGGUCUAGAAGCUCUGCGGAACGAACACAAUUCCAUCCUGCAUAGUCUCCUUGAGACCAUAAAAUGUCUUAAGAAAGAUGAGGAAGCUAAUCUGGUGCAUGAGAAAUCAGGACUACUGCGUAAAUCUGUGGAAAUGAUCGAGCUUGGGCUUGGUGAAGCACAGCUGAUGAUGGCACUAUCCAAUCACCUGACUGCUGUUGAGUCAGAGAAGCAGAAGCUGCGUGCGCAGGUCCGCCGCCUUUGCCAGGAGAACCAAUGGCUGCGGGAUGAGUUGGCUAAUACCCAGCAAAAGCUGCAGCACAGUGAGCAGAACGUGGCUCAACUGGAGGAGGAGAAAAAGCAUCUGGAAUUCAUGAACCAGCUGAAGAAGUACGACGAAGAUGUGUCCCCAACGGAGGAGAAGGAAGGCGAUCCUUCAAAAGACAAUCUAGAUGAACUGUUUCCAAAUGAGGAAGAGGAUUCGGGGCCAGGCAUGACCCACCAGCAUGGCAGUUCUGCGGCUGCUGCAGCACAACAAGGGGGUUAUGAGAUCCCAGCACGACUACGCACUCUUCAUAACCUUGUCAUCCAGUAUGCAUCACAGGGUCGUUACGAGGUUGCAGUACCGCUCUGCAAACAAGCACUAGAAGAUCUGGAAAAAACAUCUGGACAUGACCAUCCUGAUGUGGCCACCAUGCUCAACAUACUGGCUUUGGUGUAUAGGGACCAGAACAAAUACAAAGAAGCUGCUCAUUUACUCAAUGACGCACUGUCCAUUCGAGAGAAGACCCUCGGCAAAGACCACCCAGCUGUGGCUGCCACACUCAAUAACCUGGCUGUUUUAUAUGGGAAAAGAGGCAAAUACAGAGAGGCUGAGCCACUUUGCAAGCGAGCUCUGGAGAUACGAGAAAAGGUUUUGGGAAAAGAUCACCCCGACGUGGCUAAGCAGCUAAAUAACCUAGCUCUGCUGUGCCAGAAUCAGGGGAAGUAUGAUGAGGUGGAAUAUUAUUACUGUCGUGCUCUGGAGAUCUACCAGGCUAAGCUCGGGCCAGAUGAUCCUAAUGUUGCCAAGACGAAGAAUAACUUGGCCUCCUGUUACCUGAAGCAAGGCAAGUACAAGGCGGCUGAGCAGCUGUAUAAAGAUAUCCUCACUCAGGCUCACGUUAAAGAGUUUGGAUCUGUUGAUGAUGAUCACAAGCCAAUCUGGAUGCACGCUGAGGAGAGAGAGGAGAUGAGCAAGACGUCCCACAAUGACAGUACCCCUUAUUCAGAGUACGGAGGCUGGUACAAAGCCUGCAGAGUCAACAGCCCCACUGUUAACACUACGCUGCGCAAUCUUGGUGCACUGUACCGGCGUCAGGGCAAACUGGAGGCCGCCGAGACAUUGGAGGAAUGUGCAGUCCGAUCACGCCGACAGGGACUGGAUCCUGUCAACCAAACCAAGGUAGCUCAGCUGCUGAAGGAUGGAGAGACUCCUGAGCAGAGAAAGAAAGGCCGUGAGACCCCCCGAAGCAGCGUCAAAUAUGAGAGUGGUACUGAGGGGGCAGAAGAAGUGAGUAUGGGAGGCGUGGAGUGGAGUGGGGAUGGUAGUGGCACUCUGAGACGCGCCGGCUCCUUAGGAAAGAUAAGAGAUGUUCUCCGUAGAAGCAGCGAGAUGUUGGUAAAAAAACUUCAGGGAGCAGCUCCACCGGAACCGAGAAACACAAAUAUGAAGAGAGCUGCGUCUUUGAGCCAUCUAAACAAAUCAAGUGACGAGACAUUCCAGGUUUCUCAGAAUCUUCUUUCCGAGUCUCGAGGACUGAGUGCCAGUAACAUCGACCUAUCGUCACACAGCUAAGAAGCCUUGCCCAUCCUCUAACAACCCCAGAUCACCAAAUGCCAAGAGGGAGACCCAAAAACAUAGACCCACAUGUAACCUCUAUAACAGAGACACCCAGGGACCACACAUCCUUAUAGUAACAUAGAAUGCUUGGCAUACACUACAGAGACAAGCUUUUAUAGGGUUACACUACAGAGAUUGGUAUGCCAUCUGUAUAGAGUUACAUUACAGUCAGGUACCUCAGUUCUAUAAAAGUACAUUGCACAGAAUGGCACAUUACUUUUAUAGAGUUACACUACAGAGACUGGUACCCCACAUUUUUAUAGACUUACACUGCAUAGACAAAUGGUUAACUUGUCUUACACUAGAGCGUUUGCCAGGUACCCCACUCCUAUAGAAUCAUGUUAGAGAGGGUAGAAAGGUACCCCACAUUUAUAGAGUAACACUACAGAUGGAGGUACCCACAGACUGGUGUCCAGCUUCAGGGAGAUGUCAAAUAUUAGGAGUUCCCCAAAUAUUUUAAGCCUUCUUUUAACAGUUACCCACAUUCAGCUAGAAUUUUGCAGACACUACUGGAAUUUUCAAUGCCAUUAUUCACCAGAAGAGGGCAGCAAAACAAGCCUCAUGUUAGUCCUAUCCUCUUUAGAGCUUAUUUAUUGUCCUGUUACGGGUGAAUGGUUUCCAUUCCUGAAGUGCCUGCUGCACUUGCUUUUACAGCUGCUGGCACCCUCUGUGAUCCUGCAUUGAGUUUGUGGUUAUGCCAUUUUAUAGUAAAGGCAGAGACGUGCUUGAUAUCUAUAUAAAGUUCAAGCCAGCUAGCAAUUUUAGCAGGAAUGGAGACCUUUUGUAUAAUCUAUAGUGCACAUACAAAAUGCAAGCUUAUAAUCUGCCUGCACAGAAGAGGACUAGACCUUUAUGUAUCACAUCCUUUCUUCAGGACAGAUGUGAUAACUUAUUACAUGUGUAGUCCCAGGAGUGCUCUGCGUAUUGGAUAUAAAAUGGGUCCCCGGAACCAACUAUGCUAAGUAUCACUUUAUGGAACUGUAUAUAUAAAAAAAAAACACUCCUAAGACCCUCUUGUAGAGAUGAGUGGGUCCCCUCCACCACUCCAUGUCACCCAUCUCGGAAAUGAGCAUGAGCCUCACUCUUCCCCAUUGUGCAUGUACCUCGCACCUCUAGGACCUGUAGGCUAUGUGUAGGCUGACAGAUCUGCACCCAAUUUAGAAUGUUGCUUUCCAGGACUGCUCUGCAAUAAUUACACACCCCUUCUAUAUAGAUCUUUCUUCACCCUCCCACUCGCCCCUGGGAUGGCAUCUUCUACUUUCUCUGCUACACAUCUUAUGGUAUGGCUAGCUUGCUGCUGUAUUUCCUUAUUGUCCUUUGUCAUACCAUAAUUUUACAAAAUGCUGAUUUUGUCAUUGAAACUCCCUGCAGGUUCUCUGGCUCCUAGGAGUCAGAUUGUGAGGUUUUUAUCUAUAUCUUGCCUUGUUUCUUUCCAUCAUGUGACAUCAUUCUGGUUUUAUCUCAGGAAAAUAAAGUAUUCCAAAAACUGA